AUGCAGACCUCGGUCGGUGCGCAUCGCGCUGCCCGCAGUGGAGUGCUGCAGCGCGGUGCUUCUGGUUCGCGCAUAGGCAGCCGGCGCUCGCUGCGCGUGGAGGCCAGAGACUACCCGCGGCCGGCCUUCGACACCGCGGAGACCUUCCAGGAGGCUCAGGCGCUGUCAGCGAAGCUUAAGAAUGCUCCUAGGCCCGCUAAGCCGCUCAAGGUGGCGAUUGUGGGGGGCGGUCUUGCGGGCCUCUCGGCAGCCAAGUACCUGAGCGACGCUGGCCACAAGCCGGUUGUGCUGGAGGGCCGCGAUGUUUUGGGUGGCAAGGUCGCGGCCUGGAAGGACAAGGACGGCGACUGGAUCGAGACCGGCCUGCACAUCUUCUUCGGCGCCUACCCCAACAUGAUGAACGUGUUCAGGGAGCUCGGCAUCGAGGACCGCCUGCAGUGGAAGGAGCACUCUAUGAUCUUCGCCAUGCCCGACGCCCCCGGGGAGUUCAGCCGCUUCGACUUCCCCGACAUCCCUGCGCCCCUGAACGGCGUUGUUGCCAUCCUGCGCAACAACCAAAUGCUCACCUGGGAGGAGAAGAUCAAGUUUGCGAUCGGCCUCAUCCCCGCCAUCUUCGGCGGCCAGCAGUACGUGGAGGACCAGGACGGCCUGAGCGUGACCGAGUGGAUGGCCAAGCAGGGCGUGCCCCCGCGCGUGAACGAGGAGGUGUUCAUUGCUAUGGCCAAGGCGCUGGCCUUCAUCGACCCCGACGUGCUGUCGAUGACUGUCGUGCUGACCGCGCUCAACCGCUUCCUCCGGGAGACCCACGGCAGCAAGAUGGCCUUCCUGGACGGCGCCCCCCCGGAGCGCCUCUGCCAGCCGAUGGUGGACCACUUCACCGCGCGCGGCGGCGAGCUGCGCAUGAACGCGCGGCUCAAGAACAUCGAGUUGAACGAGGACGGCAGCGUGAAGGCGCUGGAGCUGUGUGCGCACACGCACAUGUGCGUGCGCCCCACCUCUCUGCGCUUGUGCUGA